UGCGCUACCGCGAUGAUAGCGGCGUUAACGUUUCAAAGUAAGCAAUACUGUGACACUCACCUCAUGUGUGGCAUCACACACUCCGAGUCAUCGGCAGGUGUUCUAACCAGCGUGUGGAAAUAUGGCCCUACAGCGCAGAGCAUCCGGCGAUAGCUGCGUCCGUUUCGUUCGUGGUGCACGUCCAAAUCGAGAUUGUACAGGACAAUACGACGACGAGUGCAUCAAAGCCGGAGCCGGCAAACUUGGCAGCAAGAAGGGAAAACCCAGCGCAUCGUGGUAUGAAUGUGCUUUCGAUGAUCGAUCAACCCAUUAGUGACCAACCCCAGGCCUGUGCAGGCGGGACGAGUCAGACCCACACUUUGGACCUGAGCGACCGCGCUGCACUAUCCCAGCGCAAUCCAAAAGAACCAGUUUGGGAUGGACAGGAUGAAGCAGCAAAGCCCCAAGCGCAAGCAAACUGUCAGGUCCCCAGGCACUUCCUUCGCGAAUACGGUCACGGCGCUGACCAUCGCAGUCUUGCGGACACUCAGGAAUCCAGCCUGUUUGGGAGCAACGAACUUGACAGUAACCAAGAACUUGACAGCACGGAAGAACGUGACAGCACGGAAGAACUCGACAGUAGCCAAGAACUCGACAGUAGCCAAGAACUCGACAGUAGCCAAGAACUUGACAGUAAUCAAGAGCUUGACAGUAGCCAAGAAAUCGAUAGCGUCACGCUCGGAGAAACGAACGAGAAAAUGCAAGGCCGCGCCUUCAGGCGACCUCGCAACGGCAUCGAGGCUGUCCAACGAUCCAUAUACCCUCUCUAUGGCAACCUGGUGUCGCCCAGCUACUUUGCGCGAGGGCUCGACGGCAAUAUUGGCGUCUUCUUCAUCUUUGGCAAUCUCUGUAUCCGAUACGAAGGCCUCUUUCGGCUGCGCUUUAUCCUGGUCGAUCUGAGAUUGUGAGUUGACUCUGCUGCACAAGGCAAACGAUAGAGCGUGGCCUGUGUUAUGGCGUGGUUAGCAUGUCCGCCCAAGUCAAGUCGCUACGAUCAGUCUUGGGUGACGGAUGCCGUAGCUGGAUAUGCAUUCGCCACUCGUCCCUUGAAAACGGCAGAGUGCAAAAGCAGCGACAACAGGGCCCAAGUGCCCC